AUGAAUGAAAGGGUAGUAAUUGGAGCUAGUCCCACAGCAGUACACUGGGGAAUUGACUUCCCGAUUACUUUCUGCUAUGGCGUUGCUGACAGUUCUCAAUGGAUCUUUUAUCAAGCAGAAAUGCCGACAACCAGAAUCAAGAUCACUGAGCUAAAUCCCCACCUAAUGUGUGUACUUUGUGGAGGAUACUUCAUUGAUGCCACUAUAAUAGAAGUCUACAGUUCCUUCUGUAAAACGAUGUAUUGUGCGUUACUUGGAGACAGCAAAUAUUGUCCUAUCUGUGAUGUACAAGUUCACAAAACUAGACCACUACUGAAUAUAAGCUUCAAUGGCUCUAAUGAAGACAGAGGAGAGGUUGCAGAUGAUAAGCGAAUUAUAACUGAUGAUGAGAUAUCACUUGUCAUUGAAUUCUUUGAUCAGAGCAGGUCAGAUCGGAAGGUAAACAAAGAGAAGUCUAAGGAAGAGGUGAAUGAUAAAAGAUACUUACGAUGCCCAGCAGCAAUGACUGUCAUGCACUUGAGGAAGUUUCUCAGGGAGUAAAAUGGACAUACCUAACCUUUCCAGAUUGAUGUCAUGUAUGAAGAGGAACCUUUAAAGGAUUACUAUACACUAAUGGACAUUGCCUAUAUUUAUACCUGGAGAAGAAAUGGCCCACUUCCUUUGAAAUACAGAGUUCGACCAACUUGUAAAAGAAUGAAGAUGAGUCACCAGCGAGAUGGACUGACCAAUGCUGGAGAGCUGGAAAGUGACUCUGGGAGUGACAAGGCCAGCAGCCCAGCCGGAGGUAUUCCCUCCACCUCUUCCUGUUUGCCCAGCCCCAGUACUCUCAGUGCAAGUCUCCUCACCCACAGGUUCCCUCACAUUUCCAGUACCAUGAAUGGAACCAGCAACAGCCCCAAGUGGGAUCACCAAUCUUCCUUUGCCAGUAGACCUCGAAAAUCAUCAAUAAAUGGGUUCAUCAGCAACUAUUCAUCUGGUUGAAUCCUGAGACUGUUAAAGAAAGAUUUUUCAGCCAGCUGAUUUAGAUACCUUCAUCCAUUACAGCUUUAUAGAUGCUAAUACAUGUGACUAUUGUCCAUUUGCUUUCUUUUGUAGUGACAUUAAAUUUUGGCCAUAAGAGAUGAACUAGAUGUGAUCUCACCAUAUGGAUGGUUAAUUGAAAGAAAGAUUCUUUCUGUAAAGAAUUGGGUUUUGAGAAGGCAGGCAAGAUUUUCUUGUGUUAGGAAAGAUGUGGAAUGGUUUCUGGUGCCAUUGUUGGGAUUUGGAAAUGUGCUGCAGUGAGUAGAAGCAUUGGCCAUAGUUUGUUAAUCCCAACUAAUGCCUACAUUACAUUCUCUUUGAUUGUUCUUGUUAUUAUGCUGUUUUGUGAACCUGUAGAAAACAAGUGCUUUUUAUCUUGAAAUUCAACAAAUGGAAAGAAUAAGCAUAGAAUAAUGCAUUCUAUGUAGCCAUGUCACUGUGAAUAACAAUUUCUUGCAUAUUUAGCCAUUUUAAUUCCUGUUUGAUUUUUACUUCUCUGUUGCUACGCAAAUGAUCAAAGGAAACUUCAGUUUUACAAUCUGUAUGCCUAAAAAGCGGGUACUACCGUUUAUUUUACUAACUUGUUUAAAUGAUUCGCUUUUGUAAGAAUCAGAUGGCAUUAUGCUUGUUGUACAAUGUCAUAUUGGUAUAUGACAUAACAGGAAACAGUAUUGUAUGAUAUAUUUAUAAAUACUAUAAAAAUAUUGUGUUUCAUGCACUCAAAAACAGCUGUUAAACUUCUCCAAACUGGUUCGACCUUUGCAGUUACCCAUCGUGCACCCUGUGUUGAGGCUAUACUUAUCACCAGCACAGAAUCUGUUUUUAAUGCUGAUUACUAGUUUCAAAUCUUUUCCACUUAGAAGCAAAUGGCAGAUCAUCAUAGUUCUGGCUUUCUCCAAUAAUACUUUCAAAAUUAUGUUGCAGUAAAGAAAAAUUUUAACCAAGGCAAAUGGAAAUAGUGUCUUAAUUUUCCAUUGGUUGAAAUAGAAUUGUGUUUUUAAAUACCAUUAUCACUGGAAUUCUAAAUAGAUUUUUAAGUCAACAAGCUAAUUGCUGAAGGAAAGCAUUUUAUCCUGCAAUGAUUUUAGUGUAUGUGGCAUAAUAAUAAUUUCACCAUUUAAGAGUUGUUUUGCAUAGUUAAGGGAAUCUGCCUUUUCUGUAUUGUCCUGGAAAUAUAGAGCAAUUUAUUAUGAGUUUAUCUACAGGUAUUUUUAAAUAGAGCAACAUGUUGAAUUUAAAAUAUGAAUGACCCUACCAAUUCUGUUUUGCUUUGGUCGAACUUAGUGUGUGUUCAUCAUCUUUCAGUUGUUUGUGAGGAUGUUUAUUCUAUAUGAAUAUUGUUUCAUGUUUGUGUGGGAAACUGUAGCUAAGCAUUUCAUUGUCUCCAGUCUGCGAAAGAAGCACAAUUCUAUUGCUUUGUCUUGCUUAUAGCCAUUAAGUCAUUACUUUUACAUAUAUUGCUGUUACUUCUGCUUUCUUUAAAGAUUCAGUAAAUGAUGUUUUAUGAAGCCACAAAAUACAUAUAUUUUUAUUUUGACCUAAAUUUGUACAGUCCUAUUGUGUGUGUUGUUUCUAAUUAUAGAUGUAAAAUUAAAUUUCAUUUUUAAUUGGAAAAUUCAAUAAAAGAUAUUCAUUUAGAAAAUAGCUAUGAUCUUUUAUGAAAAAAAUGCUAUGAAAAGCACAAUGUGCAUAAGUUUUGGGAACCCUGUAGUGGAUUACAAGAGCUAAAGCCUAAGGAGAAUACAUUGUUGUCUUCAAAUGAUGUUGCUAAGUAAAUGCUUUGUUGUAUAUUGCUUGAAAGCCCAAUGAAAGAUGUAUCUGUUUAUUUACAACCUUUGAAGCAAAAGUUACCAAUGUUUGCCAAUUUUUGGUGAAUUUAACUCAUUUUUCUAGGCUUUUCUCAAGGUUUUCAUGAUAUUAUCCAGGACAGAAGACAUCUCACCCUCUAUGAUGGACUUAUUUCUGAAACUGCUUGUUAAAAUGUCAGAGGCACUUAAGGCUUACACAGCAGUGUGUCACCAUACUUGAAAACACUUCCAUUUAUUGUAUCUGGGAAGAGGCUUUUUACCCUUACUCAAUUUGAAAAUUGCUUAAGCUUAAAAGAUAUUUCAGUCAAAAAUUGUCUUUUAAUAAAACAACAGAAAGAUGAA